CGCUCGCAGCUUCAUUCUGAGCGGAUCCGGGUGCCGAGCGCUGGCACCUUGGCAGGCGGCGGCGGCCUGAGCUCCAGGGCAGCCCGCUCCCUCCCGGUCUCUCCUUCCUCCCCCGCGAUCAGCAUGAAAGCCUUCAGUCCCGUGAGGUCCGUUAGGAAAAACAGCCUCUCGGACCACAGCCUGGGCAUCUCCCGCAGCAAGACGCCGGUGGACGACCCGAUGAGCCUGCUGUACAACAUGAACGAUUGCUACUCCAAGCUCAAGGAGCUGGUGCCCAGCAUCCCCCAGAACAAGAAGGUGAGCAAGAUGGAAAUCCUGCAGCACGUCAUCGACUACAUCCUGGACCUGCAGAUCGCCCUGGACUCGCACCCCACCAUCGUCAGCCUGCACCACCCGCGGCCCGGGCAGAGCCAGGCGUCCCGGACGCCGCUGACCACGCUGAACACGGACAUCAGCAUCCUGUCCCUGCAGGCUUCUGAAUUCCCUUCCGAGUUCAUGUCAAAUGACAGCAAGGCGCUCUGUGGCUGAUUAUGGUGGCCAGGACUUCUCCCCUUCGCUUUGCACAACAACAAAUCCACAGGAACUUAUUUUUCAGCCUCUCGCGAGGAGGACAGCGCGUUGAAUGGGCCUUUUUAAGCCGUGGAGGCAAGACUUGGGGGGGAUCAGCCCUCUGCCCCAGGGUGUGUGUCUGGCCUGGCCUGUGAGAGCGUUAUUUAUGAAAAAGACUUUUCAAUGCCCUUUCUGAAGUCGGAAGGUUUCUUCGUAUACUCUCCCUCCAUGGGGAGCGAACACUUUAAAAUCACAAGGAGUUGCCCAAUUUCAGCAGACUUUGCCUUUUUUCUCAAAGGUGGAGCGUGACUACCAGAAGGAUCCAGUAUUCAGUUACUUAAAUGGAAGUCUUUUGGUCAGAAAUUUACCUUUUUGACACAAGCCUACUGAAUGCUGUGUAUAUAUUUAUACAUAAGUAUAUACAUACAUAUAUAUAUAUUGAGUGGAGCCUGGCGAACUCGUUCACGAGUUUGCUUGUACAGCGGCAGAGAUGCCCAUUUCUGCAGGCUACGUGUAAUGAUGUACUCGUUCACGCUAAACUUUUUAUAAAAGUUUAGUUGUACACUUAACCCUUUUAUACAAAGAAAAUAAAUCGAGUGUGUUUAUUGAAUGGUGAUUGCCUGCUUUAUUUCAGGGGACCAGUGCUAUGAUUUUUAUUCUGCUAUGUUAUAACUGAACCCGAAUCCAUGCAAGCUCACGUGUAUGUAGGCUGUGUAACGAUGAUAAUAAACCAUGUCUGGAGUCAA